GUUCCGGGAGCUAAGCCUCUUGGAGGCCGGAAGCGGAGGCGGUUGGUGGGGUUGGUGGGGCUCAGGGACGCGGCGCGGGUGGCAGUUUGCUAACUGUGGGUGGACUGGGGGUAGUGAUCCGCAUCCCGCUGUCUUGACCCGUUGCGGCCAGGCGAGGCUGGGCGGUGCGCGGCCGCGGCCGAACGAACGCAGUGCGGGCGGGGCGCCCGCGGCUGGGCCCAUGGCCUCCUGCGCGAGCAUCGACAUCGAGGACGCCACGCAGCACCUGCGGGACAUCCUCAAGCUGGACCGGCCUGCGGGGGGCCCCAGUGCAGAGAGCCCGAGACCAUCCAGUGCCUACAAUGGUGACCUCAAUGGGCUCCUGGUCCCAGACCCUCUCUGCUCAGGUGAUGGUACCUCAACAAGCAAGACUGGUCUCCGGACCAUGCCGCCCAUUAAUCUGCAGGAGAAGCAGGUCAUCUGCCUCUCAGGAGAUGACAGUUCCACCUGCAUUGGGAUUUUGGCUAAGGAAGUAGAGAUUGUGGCCAGCAGUGAUUCUAGCAUUUCAAGCAAGGCCCGGGGCAGCAACAAGGUGAAAAUCCAGCCUGUCGCCAAGUAUGACUGGGAGCAGAAGUACUACUAUGGCAACCUGAUUGCUGUGUCUAACUCUUUCUUGGCCUAUGCCAUUCGGGCCGCCAACAAUGGCUCAGCAAUGGUGCGGGUGAUCAGUGUCAGCACUUCGGAGCGGACCCUGCUCAAGGGCUUCACAGGCAGUGUGGCUGAUCUAGCCUUUGCACACCUCAACUCUCCACAGCUGGCCUGCCUGGAUGAGGCAGGCAACUUGUUUGUGUGGCGCUUGGCUCUGAUUAAUGGCAAAAUUCAAGAAGAGAUCUUGGUCCAUAUUCGGCAGCCAGAGGGCACGCCACUGAACCAUUUCCGCAGGAUCAUCUGGUGUCCCUUCAUCCCCGAGGAGAGUGAGGAUUGCUGUGAGGAGAGCAGCCCAACAGUGGCCCUGCUGCAUGAAGACCGGGCUGAGGUGUGGGACCUGGACAUGCUCCGCUCCAACCACAGCACCUGGCCUGUGGAUGCCAGCCAAAUCAAGCAGGGCUUCAUUGUGGUAAAAGGCCACAGCACGUGCCUAAGUGAAGGAGCCCUCUCCCCUGACGGGACUGUCCUGGCUACUGCAAGCCAUGAUGGCUAUGUCAAGUUCUGGCAGAUCUACAUUGAGGGGCAGGAUGAGCCAAGGUGUCUACAUGAGUGGAAGCCUCAUGAUGGGCGGCCCCUCUCCUGCCUCCUAUUCUGUGACAACCAUAGGAAACAGGACCCUGAGAUCCCUUUCUGGAGGUUCCUCAUUACUGGUGCUGACCAGAAUCGGGAGCUAAAGAUGUGGUGCACAGUAUCCUGGACCUGCCUACAGACUAUUCGCUUCUCCCCAGAUAUCUUCAGCUCAGUGAGUGUGCCCCCCAGCCUCAAGGUCUGCUUGGACCUGUCAGCAGAAUACCUGAUUCUCAGUGAUGUGCAGCGGAAGGUCCUCUACGUGAUGGAGCUGCUACAGAACCAGGAGGAGGGCCGAGCCUGUUUCAGCUCCAUCUCAGAGUUUCUGCUCACUCACCCUGUGCUGAGCUUUGGAAUUCAGGUUGUGAGUCGCUGCCGGCUUCGGCACACUGAGGUGCUCCCUGCUGAGGAGGAGAAUGACAGCUUGGGGGCUGAAGGUACCCACGGAGCUGGUCCCAUGGAGUCUGCAGCCGGUGUGCUUAUCAAGCUCUUCUGCGUGCAUACUAAAGCACUACAAGAUGUGCAGAUCCGCUUCCAGCCGCAGCUAAACCCUGAUGUGGUGGCCCCGCUCCCCACCCACACUGCCCAUGAGGACUUUGUAUUUGGAGAGUCUCGGUCUGAACUAGGCUCUGAGGGCCUGGGAGCAGCAGCGCAUGGCUCCCAGCCUGACCUCCGACGAAUCGUGGAGCUGCCUGCACCUGCUGAUUUCCUCAGUCUGAGCAGUGAGACAAAGCCCAAGUUGAUGACACCUGAUGCCUUCAUGACACCCAGCGCCUCCCUGCAGCAGGUACCCCCUCAGGGUAGGGGGACCUGGGAAUAUCCCACCUGCAGGCCACAGCCCUCAUUUUCUGCAUCUCCCCAGAUCACUGCAUCCCCUAGUAGUAGCAGCAGCAGCAGCAGCAGCAGUAGCAGCAGCAGCUCUCUUACAGCUGUGUCUGCCAUGAGCAGCACCUCAGCUGUGGACCCCUCCUUGCCCAGACCACCUGAGGAGCUGAGCUUGAGUCCUAAGCUGCAGCUGGAUGGCAGUCUGACAAUGAGCAGCAGCAGCAGCAGCCUCCAGGCAAGCCCACGCAGCCUCUUGCCUGGCCUGCUCCCCAGCCCAGCUGACAAAUUGACUCCCAAGGGGCCAGGGCAGGUGCCUACUGCUGCCUCUGCACUAUCCCUGGAGCUGCAAGAAGUGGAGCCCCUGGGGCUACCCCAGGCCUCUCCCAGCCGCACCCGUUCCCCUGAUGUUAUCUCCUCAGCUUCCACUGCCCUGUCUCAGGACAUCCCUGAGAUUGCAUCCGAGGCCCUGUCCCGUGGCUUUGGUUCCUCUGCACCAGAGGGCCUUGAGCCAGACAGUAUGGCCUCAGCUGCCUCAGCACUACAUUUGCUGUCCCCCCGGCCCAGGCCAGGGCCUGAGCUUGGCCCCCAGCUUGGCCUGGAUGGAGGCUCUGGGGAUGGAGAUCGGCAUACUACCCCCUCUCUCCUGGAGGCAGCCUUAACCCAGGAGGCCACAACCUCUGACAGCCAGGUUUGGCCUACAGCACCUGAUAUUACCCGUGAGACUUGUAGCACUCUGGCAGAGAGCCCCAGGAAUGGCCUUCAGGAAAAGCACAAGAGCCUGGCCUUCCAUCGACCACCUUAUCACCUGCUGCAGCAACAUGACAGCCAGGAUGCCAGUGCUGAACAAAGUGACCAUGAUGAUGAAGUGGCCAGUCUUGCCUCUGCUUCAGGAGGCUUUGGCACCAAAGUUCCCACUCCACGGCUACCUGCCAAGGACUGGAAGGCCAAGGGAUCCCCUCGGUCUUCACCCAAGCUCAAGAGGAAAAGCAAGAAGGAUGAUGGGGAUUCAGCCAUGGGAUCCCGGCUCGCAGAACACCAGGUGGCAGAGCCACCUGAGGACUGGCCAGCAUUAAUUUGGCAACAGCAAAGAGAGCUGGUGGAGUUGCGGCACAGCCAAGAAGAGCUGCUGCAGCGUCUGUGUACCCAGCUUGAAGGCCUGCAGAGCACUGUCAUGGGCCACGUAGAACGUGCCCUCGAGACCCGACAUGAGCAGGAACAGCGGCGACUAGAGCGGGCACUGGCAGAGGGGCAGCAGCGGGGUGGGCAGCUGCAGGAGCAGCUGACACAGCAGCUGUCACAGGCACUGUCUUCAGCUGUGGCUGGGCGGCUAGAGCGCAGCAUAAGGGAUGAGAUCAAGAAGACAGUUCUCCCAAGUGUCUCCAGGAGUCUGGAGCCUGUGGCAGGCCAACUGAGUAACUCAGUGGCCACCAAGCUCACAGCCGUAGAGGGCAGCAUGAAAGAAAAUAUCUCAAAGCUGCUCAAGUCCAAGAACUUGACUGAUACCAUUGCCCGAGCGGCUGCAGACACGUUACAGGGGCCAAUGCAGGCUGCCUACCGUGAGGCCUUCCAGAGCGUGGUGCUGCCGGCCUUCGAGAAGAGCUGUCAGGCCAUGUUCCAGCAAAUCAAUGAUAGCUUCCGGUUGGGCACACAGGAGUACUUGCAGCAGCUAGAAAGUCACAUGAAGAGUCGGAAGGCACGGGAACAGGAGGCAAGGGAGCCUGUGCUGGCCCAGCUGCGGGGCCUGGUCAGCACAUUGCAGAGUGCCACUGAGCAGAUGGCAGCCACUGUGUCUAGCAGCGUUCGGGCUGAGGUGCAGCACCAGUUGCACGUGGCUGUGGGCAGCCUACAGGAGUCAAUUUUAGCACAGGUACAGCGCAUUGUUAAAGGUGAAGUAAGUGUGGCGCUCAAGGAGCAGCAGGCUGCUGUCACCUCCAGCAUCAUGCAGGCCAUGCGCUCAGCUGCUGGCACACCUGUUCCCUCUGCUCACCUUGACUGCCAGGCCCAACAAGCCCAUAUUCUGCAGCUGCUGCAGCAGGGCCACCUCAAUCAGGCCUUCCAGCAGGCACUGACAGCCGCUGACCUGAACCUGGUGCUGUAUGUAUGUGAAACUGUGGACCCAGCCCAGGUCUUUGGGCAGCCACCCUGCCCUCUCUCCCAGCCUGUGCUCCUUUCCCUUAUCCAGCAGCUGGCAUCUGACCUUGGCACUCGAACUGACCUCAAGCUCAGCUACCUGGAAGAGGCCGUGAUGCACCUGGACCACAGUAAUCCCAUCACUCGGGACCACAUGGGCUCUGUCAUGGCCCAGGUGCGCCAAAAGCUUUUUCAGUUCCUGCAGGCUGAGCCACACAACUCACUUGGCAAAGCAGCCCGGCGUCUUAGCCUCAUGCUGCAUGGCCUUGUGACCCCUAGCCUCCCUUAGCUGCUAAGCCUGUCUUGCCCAGGAAUGGAGUGGCACUGAAGGACAGCAGAUAGCAGGCUGCCUAGGUCAAGGCAGUAUUGUGUCUGUCCUUUACCUGCUCGGGACCCCACCUCUGGGAUGUUUGGGGGUUGGGGGGCAGGGAAUACUGGCCAUGGUCUACAGGUUGUGGUGGCCAGGAGGUCUAGGCUGGGCCCAGGGCAGGUAUUGUGCCUUCUUGGGUUCUGCCAUGCCUGCCGCCUGACCUGGAGAUCAUGACGCCACUUGAGUUGAAUUUUCCAUGUUCCUUUUUACCUCCAAUUUGGAUCUUUUUGUUUUUGAAAAACAUUGAGAAAUUCAAUUAAAUGCUUUUGGAAUAAAA